AUGUUGAAUCAGUCUCGGGUGGACGUCUUGGUCUUGACGGCUUUUCACGAGCUGCAUGUGCUUAGGUUCUUCUACGUGUGCGUGACAUGCGCGGCUUACGUGCUGAUCGUGGUGUUCAAUGCGUCGUUGGUGCUGGUGAUCUGCAUGCGCAGUGCUCUGCACCAGCCCGUGUGCAUCUUCUUAGCCAACCUGAUGUGUAACACUCUGAUCGGCUGCACCGCCUUCUACCCCAAACUGCUGCACGACCUUCUAAGCGACGUGCAGCUCAUCUCACCAGCCGGCUGCCUGGUGCAGGCCUUCUUCGUGCACGUCUAUGUUUCUGUGGAGUGUACCAUCCUGACAGUCAUGGCGUAUGACAGAUACGCCGCCGUCGUGCACCCUCUCACCUAUCACAGCCUUCUCUGCCCCUCGGCCGUGUCCAAGCUGCUUGUUGUCUCAUGGACGUUGCCUCUUGUGGUGUACGCCGGCCUGCUGUCUGCCAGCGGGACUCUGCCGCUGUGCGGGUCCCACGUGGGACGCACCUUUUGCGACAACAGGUCCAUUACACACCUAUCCUGUGUGGACAUCUGGCUGAUGAGACAUUUUGAGCUGCUGCUGGUCGUCGCCUUUGUUUUCCUGCCUCUGGUGAUGAUCUUCUGCUUCUACGUGAGAAUCCUCAUCAUCAGCUUCCAGCUGUCCAAGAGCGGCAGAGCCAACAAAGCCCUGUCCACAUGCAUCCCUCACCUGGUCACAUACGUCAGCUUUGUCACCAGCGUCGUCUUCGAGGUGGUGCAGCCAGCACUAGCGGCCAAGAACCUGCCUCAUUCCUUCACGGUCAUCAUGUCCAUGGAGGGCUUCCUGGUGCCACCGCUGCUCAACCCGCUCAUCUACGGCCUCAAACUGCCACUCAUCAGGCAGCACGUCCGGCAGGUCUUUCACAUUCAGCCACGCGCGAAGGCCACCACCCCUGUCAUCUGAUCAAAGCGCUUAGCACCUGAAUUAAUAAUCAGGCUCGCAUUGACAGGGUGUACACUAUCUGUCUUUUUAAGCGGCAGGUGCUUUGGCAGACAUCCAAUACAGAUCAGCUUUUUUAUCCACAUUUGGA